UGGCGAACACUCUGCCUAGGAAGCAUUACGAAUUUCCGACCGCUACAACGAUGAUUUCGGAUCCGUGAGGCUCAUGAUACCCGAAGCUCUCUUCGAUCUUAGCAACGUUAAGGGUGUGGACGCGAGUAUUUUGGGAGUCGGCCCUUUUGUCACCACGAGUGUCGGAAUGUGCGACAUGGACAUCAGACCAACUCUGUAUGGCAGCGUGGUGGUGACUGGCGGCAAUUCUUGUCUUCAAGGAUUUAGCGAGAGACUGAAUCGGGACUUGGGCAGUAAGAUCCCUCCGAACAUGAAACUGAAAAUAAUCAGCGCGAACAGCUCGAGCGACGUUAUGGUGCCUGGAUCGGCGGCUCAAUCCUCAACUCCUUGGGCUCGUUCCAACAAAUGUGGCAGUCGCGUCAUGCGAGAGAUGAUUUUUCACGACAAAGCAUCAUACACAUUGCUUUCUCGCAACCUCGCGCACUUGUAAUGAGCAAAAAGUGCGAUUAAUUAAAAGCAUCCUGUAUAACACAUAAAUCGCGAGUAUAUAACCAAUGUUUAAUCGACAACUCGCUUAGACGCCUAAUUAGAUAGACGUAUAAAUAUAACACGCGCGGCUUAUAAGAAUACAGUUCCUAAUUGCUCCGUGAAUCUUCCAUACAUCGUAUCUUACAAUUAGAAGAGAAGAAUCACCUCUUCCGUUAAAGCCAUUCUAAAACAAAUAUAAAUGGAUACAAUUUAUCGCGUAGUAGACUUUUAUUAUAUUUUAUCAGAUAUUUAUUUUUAUUAGAUAUUUAUU